GUUGAAAUAAGAAGUCCUAAAGUUUCAUAUUGGGUUCGUUAUUCGGAUACUAUCAUCACUUAGCCAGCUGAAUAACACAGGUUAUAGUUGCAGAUUAAGUUACCUGCCACUUUGAAAGCGUGAAAGGGGGUCGUCUUUGAGUCCACAAAAUUAUGGAAAAUGAAACCUUUCAAUUCAUUUCAAAUGAUGGCGUAUGCUGGAGAGACAAGAAGAAGGCGGAGUCAUCAAGGAUAAGCUCUGAUGAUAAAGAUGUGCUGCCGAUGCUUAUUAACGCGCAAGGCGCUACAUGUCUCACUUUGUCAUCCAAAGGCGAGAAAGAAGACACUAGGAUAGCAAUCAACGGGAUCCCUGCGGACCUGUCGCUGAUCAAGGACCAAACAAUGGGUACGAUGGAGACUGGUCUCUGCUCACUCAUCGAACCAUCCAGCCCAGAUUAUCUCCUCCAGUCUGAUCAAAGCGAGAGCCAACCCAACAUGCCAGGUAAAACUUGGCCCCAAUCGGGCAAAGAGACGCAUGUUCUUGUACCCGGUGUUCCGCCACCUGUUGUCAACGUGGAAGCGGUGCCCCAGCGGGCCGAGAACGGCUACUGCGGAUUGAACGGUGAUAACCGAGUCACCUACGACACCAACGAACCACGGGAUGACAUCGAUGGACGACCGCGUCAACGAGCGGUAUGGGGAAAGAAAGUUGACUUUCUUCUCUCCGUCAUCGGAUUCACAGUCGAUCUCGGAAACGUUUGGAGAUUUCCUUACAUUUGCUAUAAAAACGGUGGAGGUGCUUUUUUGGUGCCGUACGCGUUGAUGGCAAUCUUCGGCGGAGUACCGUUCUUAUACAUGGAAAUGGCUUUAGGACAGUUUCAAAGGACAGGAUGCAUUACAGUCUGGCGCAGGAUAUGCCCUAUCAUGGAAGGUAUUGGGUACGCAAUCUGCAUCAUAAACUGCUAUGUGGGAUUCUUCUAUUCUACCAUUACUGCAUGGUCUGUCUAUUACUUGAUCGCAUCCUUCGCGACAACCCUGCCAUGGACCAGCUGUGGCAAUGACUGGAAUACUGAACUUUGUGCAAGCCCUUUCGAUGGCAAUUUCACCAACGCUAGUGUAACGCCGGCCACGGAGUUCUUUCAACGUCAAGUUCUUGGAUCUCACCUGUCUACCGGCAUCAAUGAUCUUGGUGGAUUAAAAUGGGAGCUGGCUCUGUGUCUUCUUCUCCUAUUUACCAUUGUCUAUUUUAGUAUUUGGAAAGGCAUUAGGGCUUCAGGAAAGAUUGUAUGGGUGACGGCUACACUACCAUAUUUCUGUCUAGUCGUUCUUCUCAUCCGGGGCAUUACACUCGAAGGGUCUUCAAUGGGCAUUAUUUACUAUCUCAAUCCCAAAUGGCAUCGUCUUCUCAAUGCUCAAGUGUGGUUUGAUGCUGCUGUACAAGUAUUCUUCUCUCUCGGUCCAGGCUUUGGUGUGAUUCUUGCUUUCUCUAGUUACAAUAAACUCCAUAACAAUUGUUUCAGGGAUGCACUGAUCACGAGUAGUAUCAACUGCUUCACUAGUUUCUUUGCUGGCUUCGCCAUAUUUUCCGUGCUGGGUUUCAUGUCUGUUCAGCAGGGGCGAAGUAUCGAAGAAGUUACACCGGAAGGACCUGGACUUAUUUACAUCGCUAUCCCUGAGGCUAUUAGUCAGCUACCUGGUUCAACGUGGUGGGCUAUUAUCUUCUUCAUAAUGAUCAUUUCAUUGGGCCUUGAUAGCACCUUCGGUGGAUUAGAGUCUAUCGUUACAGCUUGGUGUGAUCGGAAUCCGAAGACUAUCGGCAAACAUCGGGAGAUCUUCGUAUUAGGCGUCGUGUGUUUUAUCUUUCUCGGCUCGCUUACAACAGUGACUUACGGCGGCCAAUAUGUAUAUCAGUUAUUAGAGGGUUAUGGCGCCUCGACAACCCUUCUUCUUGUCGUUGUUCUCGAAGCCAUUUCAGUCACGUGGUUCUAUGGACUUGGCAACUUUACCAGUGACAUCCGCACGAUGUUAGGCCGAACACCCAGCGCCUACUGGCAACUGUGUUGGAGUAUUCUCAGUCCUGCCAUGCUCCUCUUCGUUAUGGUAUUUGGAUUCGCUAUGUAUCAACCUCUGACUGGGAACCAAGGAGAACGCUUUCCUGUCUGGUCCAUAGGCAUCGGAUGGUGUCUCACCGUAUCUACCAUGGCUUGUGUUCCAGUCUUCGCUCUCUACAAGUUUAUCGUCACACCGGGAACUCUGAAAGAGAGAAUUCGAAGAUUAACUUCUCCCGAGGAGCAUCCGGAUCAUAAAACAUCAUAUGAUAGCUCCUCUGUCGUCAGUGUGUGAAGAUUCUCUUUUCACCAGCCUAUAUAGAAAUGAAGGCAUCUUUGGACAUCUCCGUAUUUACACUUCAAAAAGGGUGUAAAAUCUCAUACAAAUCAUGCAGUGUCAGUGUAGGAAACUACACUGACAGAUGAUGAAAUUAUACAGCAAACGUGGUCUAAUUAGAAUUCCCUAGUGUUAAUUGGACACUGCACUUGGCGAUUUCGACACUGUGUAUAACAUGUAUAAUGUAAAUAAUAUUUCUUGCAUGUCACAGUAAUUGAGAUCGCAUAUUUGAUCUGAAAACUAGGUUAGAACAUGUUUUGGUCAGCGACAUUUGAACCGCCUUGGACAAUGGAAAUAAAUGCUAUAUGUAUAUAAUAAAAGCGAACGUUCAGUUGUAUUUUUAGUGCUGAAAGUCUUGCGUUUUGCUUAUUAUCGUAAAAGAACACUUGAAUCAAAUGAAAGUCUUUAUAUUUGGAUAUUUUUUCUAGUCUACGAUCACCUGGUUUAUUUGAUAUUGUUUACAUUAUGUUUGUAUGUGUGAAUAUUGUUAAAAUCUGUCACUAUCUAUUGAAUUUUAUAAUGAAUCUGUUAUUCUGAUUAAUGUGUAUUGUUAAUGUUUCUAUCAUUUCAAGUUCUACCAUCGAAUUUUGUAUAUUCCUAUAUAUGUCAUUGCGAGAUGAUUAUGCUGUUUGCUGCCAUUUAGCAGAUGUGUUGUAUGUAUCAUGUUGCUUCGACAAGAUUUUCACUGAUAUCAUUUUGCCCGAGUCAAACAAAUUUCCAUGGUGCCACAAGAUUCGACAUUGACAUAUACACAUAAAUUGCUCAAGUUGUUAGAAGUUUAUAAUUUAGAUGUAUUGUUUGUGUUCACCAGUAAAUAAUAUCGCAUAUUCGAUCUGAGAAAUAGAUGAGAAAAAAAGUUUUGGUCAGCGACAUAUAUGAACCGCCUUGGGCAAUGGAAAAGAAUGUCAUAAUAAAGACGAACAUUCACAAUUGUAAUUUUAUUGCGCCGAAAGUCUUGCUUUUUGCUUAUAUUGUAAAAGUUAAAAUGUUUUAAUAUAUAUUUAUAUAUAUAUAUAUGUUUUAAUAUUUAUAGAUAUAUAAAUUAAUGUCUUUAUCUUAAUAUAUUUCGAUAUUUUUCUAUUCUGCGAUCAGCUGAUUUAUUUGAUAUUGUUUACAUAAUUAUAUUUGUGCUUGUGUGAAUAUUGUUUCAAUCUGUCAUUAUCUAUCCAAUUCUAUUAUGCUUUUGUUAUUCUGAUUACUGUUUACUGUUAUAUAUUUUAUUAAUUCAAGUUCUACAAUUGACCUAUGUAUUAUAUAUAUUACUAGCAUGUCAUCAAGGUCAUAGCCAGAUGAUUUUAUUGUUUGCUGCCAUUUAGUGAUGUAUUGUAUGUUAGUAAUAUGUCGCUGCAACAAGAUUCUCUCUUAUAGAAUUGCUGCAGAAUUGUGACUAAUUGUUCAUCUGAUUUCUCUUAAUUUUCAAGAAUCCUUAUAAACAUCUAAAUUUGGGUUUUGUACAAUGAAAAAAAAAUCGAUGUACUUUGUUCUGCUUUUCCUAAAGUAACGAAUAACUUUUCAAUGGACUGUAUUACCUUUUUAUCUGAACCAGUUCUUUCUAAUGCUUUUACAAAACAUGGCUUUCUCUUAUGACAAUGAAGUUCGUUUGAAUAAGAUUAUUAAAUAUUUCGCACCGGAAAUGUGCGUUAUCAAACUCCGAUAAAAGAUUAUGGGAUCAAAAUGAACGAGAAUCACAAUUGUUUUGCCUGUUAUUGAAGCCGUUCGUAACUUAAUGACAUUAAUGAAACAGGUAGUUACUUUGAUGUCACUUCAACUAAUUUAAUUUGAUUGUUUUUUUCUACUAUUUAUGUUCAAUCAUUGUUAGAAUGUAAUAUGUUGUUGUUUCCAAUGUAUUCAUAGAUGUGCUGCGCUGAAAGUGAAAUACCCGAUCUGUCUAUAACUGUAUGAUCAAUUAAAGUCGAAUGCAACUAAAUAUUAAUAUUUUGCGUUGGUAGUUUUUCGUACUGAAAUGUUAUCGAAAACUAUCUAUACCGACAUAGACAAUAUUUAUUACUGGGUAUGUGUAUUUGUGUAAGUUUGUAAGGAGUUGGUGUAAAACACGUUUUCAAAUCCUAUUAAUGGCAGUUAUAUGAGUAAACAUGUUCAUACUAUUUCGCCAUAUAUUGUUAUACUUAUUUAUCGCAAAGUCUAUUAUUAUAAAUAUCUAAAUAUUAUAAAUGUGCGUGGAGGGGAGGGGGUGAGUUUAACAUGGUUUUUCAUGUGUGUUUCUUGAUCCACAGUCUAUUUCGCACUUCAAUUUGAAUUCACUGUACCACGGAACAGCAAGGUUCUGGACCACCUCUAUGAUCAAUCGAGGGGAAUCAUUGACUUCACUAUAUCUCGUCCCCCCCCCCCAUCCAAAAAAACGCUCCUGAAUUUUUGAUUUGGUUAAAGGGGCUAUUUUAGAUCUUUACCUCAUCUUAGCCAUCAAGCCCACGUAUCUUUAUAAAAUAAAAAUAAUUAGAAAAAAACUUCAAAAGCAAACCUUUACCUGGCAAUAUCUUCUCUUUUUUAACAGAACUUUACCCUCCCCCUAUUCAAGUGAGAACGCCCCACUCACGCUCUUCUCUUUAUAUUACGUGCUCCCUCUUACGGAAUCCUAAUCUAGGCUUAUCGUCCAUUUUAAAAUAGUUUUUCAUUAAUUUUUUUUUUAAAUGGAGUUUGCAUAAUAGUUCCAACUGUGAUUGUAAAUAGAGGUAUGUACUAUAUGAAAUGGUUGUUUGCCGUACCUUAAUAAAAUCUGGUGUUGUUUCAUAAGUGA